AUGAUAUGUCUUUCUGAAAAACACUUAUAGAAAAUCACAAUUCAUUAACAUAGACCAUUCAUUUAGCUUCCACUAAUAACGAAAUCAAAUGAGAGGCUACGAUUAAGCAAUAAAAUUUAGUUAUCAGAAAGAAAUAACUAGUAAACAAACAACCAAUCCUCUGAAAAGGAUCUAUAUUGUCUCAAAUUACCUAAAAUACAUUCAAAAACUCCAGAAAAAAUAGACACAAAUUCUAAAUUAGCAUAAUCCCAUGUAUAAUCAUAAAAAAUACCUUAACAUGAUCAAUCAUUCGAUAAUUUAAAAAAAUAUAAUAAAUAAAUAAAAGAUAUUUAACAACGACAUAAUCGAUUUCUUAACAAAAUAGAAGAGUUGUAUAUGAUUACGAAAUAGCAAUAAUGA